AUGGCAGCUGUACGGCAACAGUUUUGGCCAUUGGCCUUGCGCUCAACCACGCGAAGAAUCGUUCAAGCCUGUAUAACUUAUUUUAAGGUCAAGCCCUUGCACUCUGAAGCAAUCAUAAGUGCUUUACCGUCAGGUCGCGUGACGGUAUCCAGCCCGUUCUAUCAUUGCGGGAUAGAUUAUGCCGGACCCCUGAUAUUACGGGAAGGCAAGCGACGUAACGUUCGUACCAUUAAGUCGUAUGUGGCCGUAUUUGUAUGCUUUGCUACCAAGGCCGUGCAUAUGGAACUUGUGACUGACCUCACGUCGGAUACCCUUAUAGGCGCUUUGAAGCGUUUUGUUGCUCGUAGGGGCAAACCAUCAGUUAUUUAUACUGACAACGGAACUAACUUUGUGGGAGCCCGUCGAGAACUCAAAGAGCUCUACGAGUUUGUGAACAAGGAGCAGGUCCAGAGCCAUGUUCAGCAUUUUUAG